AUGGCCACAAGAGCUCCCGCAAGCCGCCCUGGCGCAGGCGGCAGGUUUGCCCAGUUCAAACUCGUUCUACUCGGCGAAUCUGCUGUAGGAAAGAGCUCGUUAGUUCUCCGGUUUGUCAAGGAUCAAUUCGAUGACUACCGCGAAUCUACGAUUGGAGCCGCCUUCCUGACUCAAACGAUAUCGCUCGACGAAAACACAACAGUUAAGUUUGAAAUAUGGGAUACUGCUGGCCAGGAGAGAUACAAAUCAUUGGCCCCCAUGUAUUACCGUAACGCCAACUGCGCGGUCGUUGUCUACGAUAUCACUCAGGCCUCAUCAUUAGAUAAGGCCAAGUCAUGGGUGAAGGAACUACAAAGACAAGCCAACGAAAACAUCAUCAUCGCUUUGGCGGGGAACAAGGUUGACGUUGUGAAUGAGUUCCCUGAUAAACGCGCCAUUGAAACCGCAGACGCUGAGGCAUAUGCCAAAGAAGCCGGUCUUCUAUUUUUCGAAACUUCCGCAAAGACGUCCACCAAUGUCCGGGAACUCUUUACCGCAAUUGCCAAAAAGCUGCCGCUGGAUCAAGCUGGCCCACGAAACCUCCGAUCCAAUCCUCGGCCUGGCGUCGAUCUAAGACCAGAGUCUACCAACACUCAAGGCGCAGGCAAUUGCCAAUGCUGA